GCGCCCCCGCGCACCUCACGCAACCGCCCAGUGACGCACGGCUGGGCAGCGGCGUGCCAGCUCAUUGGUCCGGCCAGGCCCCAGCCAGAGCGUCGACGCCCGUUUCCUGGCAACGGCCGAGCGCAGGGGCGGGGUCUCCGUCCGCAUUCCAAGAAAGGAGCGGCUCCACACUCUCAGGCCCCGCCCCCUCGACCCGCAGACUCCGCCCUUCUGAGGAUUCUGGCGUUUUAUAGGGGACGACUGAGAAGAGGCGGGGACAGAGGAGAGAAAUUCGAACCGGAGGGCAGAAGGCUGCUCUAAGGGAGGGACAAGCUUCUGAGGCUAGGAAAGAACUUAUGCACGCCGGUUGGAUUCUACCUUCCUACCCGUGAAGACCGCCUCUUCCUAGCUCUCCCGAAGCUUCCGUGACCUCGUAGAACGUGGAAUAAGUUCCUACAUGACAGCCUGGAUUCCUGAUCCGUUAGAACCUGUCUCAGUCUUAGGGCUGCGAAAGGAAAAGCGUCUAGAAGCAGCACUUAGCAUGAUCCCUGUUCAUAGAGGAUGAAAGAGCUGAGAGAUGGCUUCAGGGAGAAAUGCUGGCUGAAACAAGAGUGAGAAACACUAAGAGAAUUAGCAGUUUCCGAUAAAAUCUGUAGUUGAUUCUAUCAGUGUUACCUGAUUGUGAUCAUUCUGUGAUUACAUAAUAUGAUGGAUGACAGGGGGGCAUGGGUAAGGAGUUUACAGCUUUGUGUGUUGUUUUUGUGACUUUUCUGUGAUUCUAAAACUGGUUCAAAUUAAAAGUAUCCAUAAAGAAGAAAGAAAUAAAAAUUUCACCCUAAAGAAUUAGCUAUCCCAAGGCAAGGCAGAAUGGUCAAGACCCGGAGAACACCUGGAGCUGGGAGCAUGCAAAGCAAAGAUCAGAUGAGAAUGAAAACGGAAUAUAUAAUACUGCGGGACUAGUUGACCGUGUUAGUUUAUAUUAUAGUCUUGGAAUUUUAUACAUAGUCAGGUGGACAGGGCACCUUUGCAAAUGGUCAUUCAAAAGCAAAGCCCAAAAUAGGAUCAAAAGGAUGUAGAAAAGGGAGUUUGUGGACACUGGGAAGGGUUUGAGACUUGGGUAAAGGGAAGGGAAAGGAUUAAAUAUUGACAUCCUGUAUAAAUUAAAAACCAUCAAAGGGAACCAGAGAGAUACCAUCCUGGUUAAAGCACUGGCUGAGCAAACGUGACAGCCAGAGUUCAAAUUCCCCAGAAUCUACAUAAAUACCGGGUGGGUGUUGUGAUCCACCGGGAUCUGUCCUUGAAAGGUGACUCUGUUUUAUUGAGAGAACCUGUCUCAUUAAAUCAGAUGGAAGAACAAACAAGUGUGAUUCCUUCCAUCAGUCUCAGGCCUCCACAAGCACACACACACACACACACACACCACUCAAGGGCAUACUCACAAAUUUCCAGAGCUGAGGCAUUGUUAUGAGAGGUGGGAGUGACAGUGACUAGAAAGAAGAAGAGUGACUCCUCAAGCUUAUAAUAGUUCUGCUUCUUGAGCCAAGUACUGAGCUGGGAGCUUCAAAGACAGAAAGACGCAGCUGGAGCCCCAGGGCAGCUUCUUCCAGGAAGCCAGGCACUUUCUCAAGCCACCUCUAAUUGGCGAAGUCCUGGAUAUCCUACAGGCUAGGACCACACUACAGAAACAUGAGCCAGGACAGCAAAGUGAAGACAACAGAGUCCACGCCCCCAGCCCCAACCAAAGCCAGGAAGUGGCUGCCAGUCCUAGACCCAUCUGGGGAUUAUUACUACUGGUGGCUGAACACGAUGGUCUUCCCAAUCAUGUAUAAUCUCAUCAUCGUUGUAUGCAGGGCCUGCUUUCCUGACUUGCAACACAGUUACCUGGUGGCCUGGUUUGUGCUGGACUACACGAGUGACCUGCUGUACCUACUAGAUAUUGGGGUACGCUUCCACACAGGAUUCCUAGAACAGGGCAUCCUGGUGGUAGACAAAAGCAUGAUCGCCAGUCGCUAUGUACGCACCUGGAGCUUCCUGUUGGACCUGGCUUCCCUGGUCCCCACAGAUGCAGCCUACGUGCAGCUAGGCCCCCACAUCCCUACACUCCGGCUAAACCGCUUUCUCCGAGUGCCUCGCCUCUUUGAGGCUUUCGACCGUACAGAGACCCGCACAGCUUACCCAAAUGCCUUCCGCAUAGCCAAGCUGAUGAUCUACAUUUUUGUCGUCAUCCAUUGGAACAGCUGCUUAUACUUCGCCCUGUCCAGGUACCUGGGCUUCGGACGGGAUGCAUGGGUAUACCCAGACCCUGCGCAGCCUGGCUUUGAGCGCUUGCGGCGCCAGUAUCUCUACAGCUUCUACUUCUCCACUCUGAUCCUGACCACUGUGGGUGACACACCGCUGCCAGCCCGAGAGGAAGAGUACCUCUUCAUGGUGGGUGACUUCCUGCUGGCCGUCAUGGGUUUCGCCACCAUCAUGGGUAGCAUGAGCUCUGUCAUUUACAACAUGAACACGGCAGAUGCAGCCUUCUACCCAGACCAUGCUCUGGUAAAGAAAUACAUGAAGCUACAGCACGUCAACCGAAGGCUGGAGCGGCGCGUUAUUGACUGGUACCAGCAUCUGCAGAUCAACAAGAAGAUGACCAAUGAGGUAGCCAUCUUGCAGCACUUGCCUGAGCGGCUGCGGGCAGAGGUCGCUGUAUCCGUACACCUGUCUACCCUGAGCCGAGUACAGAUCUUCCAGAACUGUGAAGCCAGCCUGCUGGAAGAGCUGGUGCUAAAGCUCCAGCCCCAGACCUACUCACCAGGCGAAUACGUAUGCCGCAAAGGGGACAUUGGCCGAGAGAUGUACAUCAUCCGCGAGGGCCAGCUGGCUGUGGUGGCAGAUGACGGUGUCACACAGUAUGCUGUGCUUGGUGCAGGGCUCUACUUUGGGGAGAUUAGCAUCAUCAACAUCAAAGGGAACAUGUCUGGAAACCGACGAACAGCUAACAUCAAGAGCCUGGGCUAUUCAGACCUCUUCUGCCUCAGCAAGGAGGAUCUACGGGAGGUGCUGAGUGAGUACCCACAGGCCCAGGCAGUCAUGGAGGAGAAGGGCCGUGAAAUCUUGCUCAAAAUGAAUAAAUUGGAUGUGAAUGCUGAGGCAGCUGAGAUCGCCCUCCAGGAGGCCACAGAGUCUCGGCUGAAAGGCCUCGACCAGCAGCUUGAUGACCUACAGACCAAGUUUGCUCGCCUCCUGGCUGAGCUGGAGUCCAGCGCACUGAAGAUAGCUUACCGCAUUGAAAGGCUGGAGUGGCAGACUCGAGAGUGGCCGAUGCCAGACGACAUGGGUGAGGCUGAUGAUGAGGCUGAGCCUGGAGAAGGAACGUCCAAGGAUGGAGAGGAAAAAGCUGGCCAGGAGGGACCCUCAGGCCUAGAAUGACCCCAUUCUCACCCUAGGACUCCCAGCUCAAGUAAUUCCAGAGUGGUAGGAAAGUCUGCCUGCAGGAAUUGUCAUCCUAUUUGCUAGGUCACAGAAACUUAGGUAAAUUGGCCUAGAGAUGCCUAGCUAUGGAUGUGGGUCAUAGCAUACAUGUCCCAUACUCACCAGCAGCACACACACAUGCACACACUCAGGCUCAGGCGCAAGACUGAGUUCCACAUAAAAUGUUCCUGUCUUCUGCUCCCAGUGCAUCCUCAUAAACAUACCUAUGACUUAUGCUCACCCUGUGAUCACAGAGAACAAUUUAAUGCACUGGGACUGCUGGGGUGACCUUUGUACAUUUAAAGGAGGUCGCUGGUAUAGGAGGACAAGGACAGUGUGAAGCUACAGGGAAAGAAGGCAGUUAAAAUUUCUAAACUACUAGAUCACUGCUUCAGCUGCUUCCAGGCAUGGCCAGACUUCAGGUCUGAGCUGGGCCAGGUAGUAUUUUAAAAUGAACGUGAUGUGUAACUUAGAGUUCAGCUAGAUAAUACACAUCAUUAUUGGGAGAGAUUAAGAGAGUUAUUACCCUUUAAAACAUUUUAAAAUAUGUAAUUAUUUUGUGACUUAUUAAUAAAAUGUAAGGUUCAUCAUGUUGGCACUGGGUUUAUCUUGUUCAUCUCUA